AUGAGGCAGAAAAAUAUAGAGUUAGUAAAUGAAGUAACUAGCAUUAGGUCACAGAUUGAUGUAAUCAAACAGUCGUUUCCCUCAUGUGACACCUCUUCACAGCAUAAGGUGGAACGUAAACUUUCGAUUGUCUUGAUUGGUGUUGAUGAAGCAAUGCUCGUGUUCCGUCAGAUAGAGUAUUAUAUGACUCAUCUAGACUGUUGCCCUGUCGCAGUGUAUAGAAUGGGGCGCCUUGUCCCCAACAAAAAUAGGAUUCUGAAAAUUGUCUUUCCUUCGUCUUAUUUUGCCUCUUUAGUAGUAAAAAGAGCACCGCUUCUAAGAGGAGGGCACAUCCUUGAUCUUUUAUUAUGCAAUACCUCUGAUGUAAUCGUAAAACCUCAUGUUUCCGCGCCAGUAGGGACAAGCGAUCACGCCUCAAUCAUUUCUGGUCCAGUCAGUAGACUAGAGCUUAACGAGUUUUCAGAGAAAUAUGAUUAUAGCAAAGCGAGCUAUGCACUAAGUAAGGAGUACCUCAGUUCAUUUGACUCGAUUGGCUCUUUCCAAAGUUCUCAAGAUGUGGAGACGAUGUAUGAGACAUUUUUAUUUAUCUUGAAACACUGUAUAGCCUUAUUUGUCCCAAUUUUAAAGGUUUUGCUUAGCCGUCCGAAUUUGCCUACCUAUCUCGCCCAUUUUCAUAAUAUGAAAAUAAAAGCAUAUAAGAGAGCUAUCUCCACCCAGCAAGAAGAAGACCGGGAACAUUAUAGAUGGGCUGCUAAGAAGUUCGAAAAGAAACUCCUCAAGUAUAACCUUUCCGUAGAAAAAAGACAGGAUGGCACAUUGGUGGUACCAGACAAUGAUAAGGCGGAAAUGCUAGCUAAGAUUUUUCAAAAAGCUUAUGCUAAGCAAAGCGUAAGCAUCGAUUCUCGACUAGUCCACGGUAACAUUCCUCAUAUGGAGGACUUUGUUUGGUUUUCUCCAUCUCUAAAUGGCGUAGUUCUUCUUCCGCUACCCCAGAUGGUAUCCCAUUCCUUUUCAUAA